CCAUUUAAUGUGAUAAUGAAGAGCAACUCAUGCGAGCUGAUCUGGAUUUGCUCUUCACCAAUAUUGCUUUUCUUUUACAUCUCCUUUUAUUCCUCGUCAUUGAUGCAGCAGGCAAACGGAACAUUUGUCUGUACCUAUACAGGCUGUGGUGAAACAUUCACCGUGUUAUUCGAUUGGACUCGUCAUGUCCGCAAGCAUGCGCUUCAAGCGUCCAUAAGUAGGCUAGCCGAUUCAUCAGGGAUCACACAAAAUAGAGUUGCUCAAAGUCAGGCACCAUCAGUGACAUCCACUUCAGUGAAACUACCACAGGCAGUAACUUUAAUACCAUCAACAGUUACUGGACAUGAGGCGCCUAAAACCUCGACUUCGGCCAACAUAUUAUCCACGGAUACGACAUCAGUUCCUCAAACAGAAGUACAGAGUAUACAACACAAUGGAUCUUUAUCUAUGAUGACUGCGGAGAAAGCAGCAAUCCGGGAUUCUGCUUUUGCAACAAAUACGACUAAAAAGAAGCGCGAGUAUCCUGAUAUUACUGCAACGGCAUUGACUAUGAGAAAGGAGACUCAGGCUGAUAUUAAAAGAAGUAAGGCUUCAACUGGGGCUUCAACAAUAAAUGGAUGGCGGACGUGGUCACCUAUUCCUUCAAAACCGACUUUACGCACACAAAGCCCCGACCAGCUACUGGAAGGGACAGAAGAGCUUGCGGACAAAUCAAAAGCUUCAAUUGACACUACAACAACUUCAAAGAUGCCUAUUUUACAAAAGGAUCUAUCACAGUCCACUCUAAACUUUGUGAUAGUGCCUUCACCAGCAAUAGCUUCUCCAAUUAAAGAGCCUUCACCAGUCCUCAAGUCAGUUGGCGUCGUGGAAGAAGAAGCGCUAGGAAUGGACUUAAUGAGACCUGUAUCAGUAGAUUCGGGGGAUUUGGCGUUAGAGGCAAGCCCAACAGAAACAUCGCUCUUUGUAGAAUCAUUAUCAUCAACGCUGAUCCUUGACCAGCCAGCGUCAACUGUCAAUACCCCCUUAUCCCCAAAGUUAUCCUUAACACAAGCCAAUGAGCCGUCAAUAUCCAAGACGGAGCCUAAUUAUAAAGACAGCAAUAGUGAUAUUGAUAUUGAAUCGUUACAUGACCAGCCGGUGAAACCGGAUCCUGAUGUUGAAGAUAGUCAAGAAAACGCCCAGAAAAAUGUUGUUCGAAGGUGUACUCUGCGGCGCCCAGAAUCAGCAUCGGGGAGCAUUAUCUCGGCUACGAUAACAAGAGGAAAGGCCAAAGCUCAUGGCUUUACCUAUGAUUGCAGUAGCUUGUUCGAAACAGACACGGAUGAAAUCAAGCACUAUCUGGAGCACCUCAUCCUUCAAGGCCCACUCCUUGUAUGUAAUAACAGACUUUGUAGGAUGAUGUUUGUAUCCGAACAAGAGCUUGCUGAUCAUCAGCAGCAACAUCACAGAAAGCCAUCCAGAUCAUCGGUACCUGCACCAGCCUCGCCAACGCCCUCGUCAUUGCCACUAUCAAGGUCAUCAAGGUCAUCAGUAUCACCAUCUCCGUCAAAAAACUCUAUUCAAAAAAAAUUAAACCAUUCAAAGCAGAAGAAAACACGAAUACAAUCUGAAGGUGGCAAAGCUGGUACAGUGAUCUUUACGGCGACGAAGGAAAAGGCGAAAUCGCGGAGUCAUUUAAGACUGGUCACAUCCGCUUUUGGCAGUCAAUUGUCUAUGCCCAAAGUCUUGAAGAACCAUUCAUCUAGCCGUCGAUGGAGAAGCCAUCACAGUGAUGACGAUAUCACCGAAAAUGUAGAAUUGCAAGAACCUUUGAUUGCGAACUCUAGUCUUGAUAGACAGAGUAAUCAAGGCCUUCUGCAUGUUUAUUCUAUCAACUGUUAACAAAAAUAAAGGAAUACACAAUACGAAC